AUGGUGAAAACUUGCCCUACGGCUCGAUUGGGGGGUGACCUCCCAAUCCCCUACAUCGGGACGAUGUCCGGAGCCUUGCCAAAGCCAGAUGCCCUGCGCCCGAGGUUGGUGGCGAUGGAGCUGGGCAUGCGCUGGGUUCCCGGCUGGCAGCCGUUGGACGGUCCUCAGGCGGUGCUGCCCACCGCCCUGGAGAUGCCGGACGACGCGGCUAUGACGGCUCGUCAAAUCGAUGCGCUCAUCGUCGGCGUCCUAACCGUCGGCCUGGCCGUCGUGGCGGCAUCCGUGCCAGUCGCGCUGGUGUCCUUGUUGGCAUCCGUGGGAUCUUCGACAGGGUCAAUAGAAGAAGACGACCGUCUCUUAUCCCGGGCCGAAGCGGGCGGAGGCAAGGCAUCUCAGGACGAAGAGGAGGAGUUCGAGAUGCAGCUGGGCCCCGUCAAGACGGCAAUAUUUGCAGUCUACUAUGUCUGCAACAUCAUCUUUUUGCUGGUGCUGACCUCCUGGUCCAAAGCGGAGAACUUGAUGUUGGGCGGGGCGGGGCUGGCCUGGGAAGUGAUAUGGAUGUGGCUGGUGGUCGUCCUUGCCACGGAUGUGCUGGGGUACUUCUUCCGCGCGGUGCAGGCGGCGAUCAUGAAGCGCCAGAUCAACCUUAUGGACCCAGCGAUGUCGAUGGUCAUGAGCGUGUUGCCCGUUCUUGGGCCAAGGGUCGACCUGUUAAAGGAUUGCCUUUUCGCUGGCGCCGUGUUUCAGCUCGCGGUCUGCCAACCUGACGACUCGUGGAGGCGCACGGCAGGCUUUUGGGUUGGGAACGCCGCGCUCCUGACCAUCUUCCUGCCGGCGCCGUUCUUGUUCCGGUUCGAAACGACAAGGAGGGACCUGGCGGCUGAGUUUUGGCCGGCGUUGGUUGCCCGCCUUCGAGUGAGCAAGGCGGCGACGGGACAGCAGGAGCGCCAGCCUCAAGCGGUGAAGGAAAAGUCAAUGUGGGAGAAGGCCAUGGGCUUCGCGGUGCCCAAGCUUGUGGCCCAGUGCACAACCUCGCGCUUGUGGACAGCUUUGGGCGAAGACUUGCCGCAAGCCAUUCUGGCGAUCGCUGCAAUGGUGGUGUUCGAGCAGUACUCCGGCAUGCUGCUUGUGAACCUCGUCGUUUCCGGUGGCAAGAUCGCUGCUGUCUUCAUCUUGAGGGUUUUCAUCUGGGAGUUGGAGCUCUACCUCGUGGAUCCGGUCACCUGUGCCGCCUUUGCGGUGAGCCACGGCAGAGGUGAGGAGGCGCUCCACGAUGUCAUCCAGCGAGGCUGGGCGGACUUCGUGGCCGCGCUGCUCAGCGCUGGCGUCGACAAGGACGCCAUGCACAACAAGGGCCCGGAACCUGGGAGGGGCUGCUGCAGAGCGGUUUCUAGCGGUGACCUCCCCGAAAAAAUCGCACGAAGAAGGGAGGGCAGAGCUCUGCUGUUUCUAGAGGGAGCUGUGCCUCGGGGUCUUUUCCGACUCUACCGCCCUCUGAGACUUUCAAAGUCUCAGGCAAUGAGGAGCUCUCCCCUGCCUGGGAAGGGGAGUCCUUCGCCCCUCAAUUUCGAAACUGGUCCCUUGAACGCCCUCGCAUAUACUGUCGCUGCAGUGUCGAGACAGGACAAUGACAAAGGCCUCCUGAGCCCGAGCUCUCCCCUGAGCAGCUGCAGCCUCGAGCCGACUCGGCCACCCGAACUGGCCGCUCCGGUGAAGCUUGGGAGCUUUCUUUCCCGAGGCGAGACGGCUCUCCACGGUGCGGCACGCGGCGGCAGCGUGGCGUGCGUGCGGCUCCUCCUGGAUGCCGGCUCGAACAAGGACGCAAAGAACGACGCUGGUUACACGCCGCUCCACUGGGCCGCACGCAACGGCCACGCCGACUGCGUGGAGCUCCUGCUGAAGGCGGGCGCGGACAAGGGGCUGAAAGAUAUUCGAGGCAUGACAGCGCUUUACUGGGCAGAACGUGAAAGAGUUGAAGACUGCGCGGCGCUCCUUCGCUCCUGA